GGGAAGGUAAUGCCAGGCCAGGCUGUUGACCAAAACAAAUACAUUUUACCUACAAAAGUGCAUUUAGGAUUUUUACAAUCCUAAAACCAGCUGGAACUUUCACCAUGGAAAUAAACGGCCCUUUUAUCUGAACUUCAUGACUUCCGGGUUAUCUAAGACUUCGAACACUCGUUUACCUGGAAGAUGGACAACUACACCAAAGGUGAUAACGUGGAAGAACCUCUGGAAAUCGAGAAAAUCCCCAUACCGAACUUGCCGAAAAACGUCCUAUGGAUGCAGGUCAGAGGAGGCAGCAAGAUAAGGAAUCUAUUAGACGUAGCUUUAAAAGCGUAUGAAAACGAGUCGAGAGACGUUUUAUGGACGGCGUCCGGCCCAGCCGUCGGGAAGGCAGUCACUUGCGCUGAAAUAGUAAAAAGGAAGUUCAAAGGAGUACACCAAUUCAACCACAUCUGCUAUAGAAGAUGCGAGGAAUACUGGGAGCCUAAAAUAUCGGGCCUCGACCGUCUCGUCGUCAACAGAGACGUCCCGAUGAUCCACAUUCUUCUGUCACAUGAGGCUAUAAACGAAGGAGCACCCGGGUAUCAGUUCGAACAGCAGCAGGGGGCCGACAAGCCUUUCAAACCGAGAGGAAAGCCUUACAGGAAACCGGCAAAUUUCAAGCAAAUGGAAAACUUCGGUCUGAGGUUCGACAAGAGAAAAAAAGCAAAAGAUUCAGUCGGACCGAAAGACUGAUUGAAUUUUGUCUUUUUAACUGAACGUUUGCAGUUUUGUAAAAUAAAAUCGUUUCUUUUAACAAAUAAAAA